AUGGAAAAUCAAAGAAAAUUUUUAUCUCCUUACACUAGAGGUCAAAAGAAUUUGCAAAAUCCAGAUCAGCAAUCCUUAAAAAACUCACAAAAUUCCUUUGAAAUGAUUUCUAACACUGAUGAAGACUUCAACUCAUCAUUUGCAAAAGGCCUUGCUUCAUCAUUGCUCCUUAAGACACUUACAUCAAUUUCAUUUAGGCUAAAACGGAAAUCUUUAGACCAAUGAAAACGAAGGACAUGCUUUGAAUUAAAUCACCCUCUUUGCUACAAAAUAAUAUCAAGUCCAUCAAGACUAAGAGAAAAUAAAAUAAUCGAAAAAAUGCUGACUCCUAAUCUUUAAAUCGGAACAAAAAAAACCUUCAGAUUUAAAGGGUGGUUAAUUUUUUUUCUCUAUAAGUAGAAAAAUUUGUUCCUAAACAAUAUAAAUGAAAACUUAAUUUAUUUUAUUAUAUAAAGAAUUAAAAUAAAAAAAUUAAUCACUUCAAUGUGAAAUAUUUAGAUAUAUCUUUUUGCACAUUUACAAUUAAAAUUAGGCUAAAUUAAUUUUGUAAAAAUUAGUAUUUUCACCUAUAAAACUUUUAUAUUGAAAAAAAUUGUUCCGAUUUAAAGGGUUAAAGUGCCCAAAAACGGAAAUUUUACCUAUUUAUUGUUCGAAUUUAAAGGAAGGGGGGAGUGAGAUCAUAUACGAGAUUUUUUUCACGCAAAGUAACAAGAUCUUUUAAUUUGUGGAAAGUCCAACUAAAAAAAUCAAAAAAUGAUCGAAAAUUGACUGGGAUUACUCUGAUUUUUGAGUAUGGGAGAAAAAUUAUGAACUUUGGAUUUAUGAAAAUAUGGAACCAAGCUGUAGAGACAGAGAAAAGGAAUUCAAGAAUAAAACUGUCAAUAAAAUGAGCAAUUGCUAGGCUAAAUGUUUCUAAUCCUCCCUUGGCUAGCAAGCAAGAUUUUAAAAGUCUAGAUUUUUAAAUAUUUGAAAAGAAAACAUAUUUUAAUUUAUAAAUUAAUCAAGCAGUUUAAAUUUCAAAAGAAUUAACUAAAGAUCUCAUUAUCAUAAUUAUUAAUUAUAUCAAUUAUUUUUGCAUAGUUUUUCUUUCUUUUUAAAGGGUCCUAAUUUAUCAAAUAUAGGGAUUUUUCUAAUGGUUUUGCUCACUAGUUAUGACGGAAAGUAAAGGACUUAAGACGAGAAAAGCUUUUAAAAAAUGAUAUAUUAAAGUUGCUACAAGCAAAAACUCUUCAAGACUGAAUUUAAAUAUGAAAGUAAUGAAAUUCAAGGUAAAAAACAAUUAGAAUUACCAAGCAAAGUUAUUAGGCAGAAUUUCUGGGAUUUAUAAGAAAUUUUCUAUCCAGAAAAUAUUGCAUGUGCUGUAUAAUUGAAAAAUUUGAACUGAAAACGAAGCUAAAAAGCAAAAAGCUGAGGAAUCUUUGAUGAUCAAACAAAUUAUGAGUGAUAAAAGGCUUCAAAAUUAUAAAGACCUUGAAAAUAAUUUAGGUGAACAAAGGGAUGGGAUUAUUCUUGCUCAAAUUCAAAGACAAUUAUAUGAGAUGUGCGCUGAAGUUGUCGAUGGCACUAUUCAAUUGAUAUAA